CUGUAUCUUUUUUAAAUAAUUUACGAUGACAUUGACGUUUCUAAUUUUGGCAUUGACAUUCCAAUGUUUUUUAUUUUAAUAAACCGGUGGGUCAACUGUGAUACUCGAGUGCCUAUAGUCUAUAACUACUACAGAUCACCAUGGCUUUACGCUGGGGUAUAGCAAGUGCCGGCAAAAUCAGCAACGACUUCGUUUGUGCCCUCCAAACCCUUCCAUCAUCAAACCAUCAAAUUGUAGCUGUGGGUGCUAGAUCCUUAUCCAGUGCCGAAAAAUUUGCCAAAGAUCACGGGAUUCCUAAAGCCUAUGAAGGUUACUUAAAAUUAGCAGAAGAUCAAGAAAUUGAUAUUGUCUACAUUGGAAACUUAAAUCCACAACACUAUGAAGUUUCCAAAAUGAUGCUAGAACACGGCAAACAUGUUAUUUGCGAAAAACCACUCACUAUGAAUGAGAAGCAAACCCGUGCCUUGGUAGAUGUAGCUAAAAACAAGAAAAAGUUUCUUAUGGAAGCAGUUUGGUCUAGAUGCUUCCCUGCAUAUGAACAGCUGAGAAAGCUUCUUGAUGCUGGAACUAUUGGAGAUGUUCUUCAAGUGAAUGCAGAUUUUGGCUUUGACUUGACACAAAUUGACAGACUGAAAUCUAAAGAACUUGGAGGUGGCACUAUUCUAGAUUUGGGCGUCUAUUGUCUGCAGUUUCAACAGUUGAUCUUCAAGGGUGAGACACCAAUUGACAUGAAAGCAGUUGGUGGCUUAAACAGUGAAGGAACUGAUGACUACACUGCUUCAAUUUGGACCUAUUCUGGCAACAGAUUAGCAUGUUUGAGCACCUCCGCCAAAGCGCAGUAUCCCAAUGAAGCGGUCAUUAUAGGCACUAAAGGAAUAAUAAGAGUUCCCAAAUUUUGGUGCCCUACAAAGAUUAUAGCGCCUGAUAAAACUUACGAGUUUGAGCUUCCUAAAACCACCGCUACUAUGAAUUUCCAGAACAGUGAAGGUCUGUUAUAUGAGGCUGAAAAUGCCAGAUUAUGUAUCAAAGAUCGUAAAAUUGAAAGUCCGUACAUUACUCACGCCGAAUCUAUCCAGCUGGCUCAUCAUAUGGAUAUGUUAAGACGUGCAGUGGGUGUUGUAUUUGAUGUUGAUGAAAAUUAGAUAUCGCUACUAAAUACAAAUAAAUGUUAGUUUAUCUUUGGAA